GUGUACGGGCUGCGAGGAGACAGCGCCGGCGGCCGGGGAGCCGGCCGAGCCCUGCGCAGAGCGCUGCUGUGCGCUGCCCGGCGCCAUGCUUCUGCUGGGCAUCUUAACGCUGGCUCUCGCCGGGGCACCCGCUGGCGGCUCAGAGCCAGAGCGAGAGGUGGUGGUCCCCAUCCGCCUGGACCCGGACAUCAACGGCCGCCACUACGACUGGCGGGGUCCCCAGGACUCCGGGGAUCAGGGACUCAUUUUUCAGAUCACAGCAUUUCAGGAGGACUUUUACCUACACCUGACGCCGGAUGCUCAGUUCCUGGCGCCCGCCUUCGCCACUGAGCAUCUGGGCGUCCCCCUCCAGGGACUCAUCGGCAGCUCUCCGGACUUGCGACGGUGCUUCUACUCUGGGGACGUGAAUGCCGAGCCAGACUCGUUCGCCGCCCUGAGCCUGUGCGGGGGGCUACGCGGAGCCUUUGGCUACCGAGGCGCCGAGUACGUCAUUAGCCCGCUGCCCAACGCCGGGGCGCCGGCGGCGCAGCGCAACAGCCAGGGCGCACACCUCCUGCAGCGCCGGGGCACCCCCGGAGGGCCUCCCGCAGAUCCCAAGUCUCGCUGCGGGGUGGCCUCAGGCUGGAACCCCUCCAUCCUGCGGGCCCUGGACCCUUACAAGCCUCAGCGGAUCGGCUUAGGGGAGGGUCGCAGCCCGCGCAGGUCCGGGCGCGCCAAGCGCUUCGUGUCUAUCCCGCGGUACGUGGAGACGCUGGUGGUGGCGGACGAGUCGAUGGUCAAGUUCCACGGCGCGGACUUGGAGCAUUAUCUGCUGACGCUGCUGGCCACGGCGGCGCGACUCUACCGCCAUCCCAGCAUCCUCAACCCCAUCAACAUCGUCGUGGUCAAGGUGCUGCUUCUCGGAGACCGCGACACGGGGCCCAAGGUCACGGGCAACGCGGCCCUGACGCUGCGCAACUUCUGCGCGUGGCAGAAGAAGUUGAACAAAGUGAGUGACAAGCACCCUGAGUACUGGGACACUGCCAUCCUCUUCACCCGGCAGGACCUGUGCGGGGCCACCACCUGUGACACGCUGGGCAUGGCCGACGUGGGCACCAUGUGCGACCCCAAGAGAAGCUGCUCCGUGAUCGAGGACGACGGGCUUCCCUCGGCCUUCACCACCGCCCACGAGCUGGGCCACGUGUUCAACAUGCCCCACGACAACGUGAAGGUGUGCGAGGAGGUGUUCGGGAAGCUCCGGGGCAACCACAUGAUGUCCCCGACGCUCAUCCAGAUCGACCGCGCCAACCCCUGGUCGGCCUGCAGCGCCGCCAUCGUCACCGACUUCCUGGACAGCGGGCACGGCGACUGCCUUCUGGACGAGCCCAGCAAGCCCGUGUCCCUGCCCGAGGACCUGCCGGGUGCCAGCUACCCCCUGAGCCAGCAGUGCGAGCUGGCCUUCGGCGUGGGCUCCAAGCCCUGCCCCUACAUGCAGCGCUGCAGCAAGCUGUGGUGCACGGGCAAGGCCAAGGGCCAGACGCUGUGCCAGACCCGCCACUUCCCCUGGGCCGACGGCACCAGCUGCGGGGACGGCAGCUUCUGCCUCAAGGGGGCCUGUGUGGAGAGACGCAGCCUCAGCAAGCACAGGGUGGACGGCUCCUGGGCCAAGUGGGAGCCCUACGGGCCCUGCUCGCGCACCUGCGGCGGGGGCGUGCAGCUGGCGCGGAGGCAGUGCAGCAGCCCCGCCCCCGCCAACGGCGGCAAGUACUGCGAGGGAGUGAGGGUGAAAUACCGCUCCUGCAGCCUGGAGUCCUGCCCCAGCUCAGCCUCUGGCAAGAGUUUCCGGGAGGAGCAGUGCGAGGCCUUCAACGGCUACAAUCGCAGCACGAACCGGCUCAGCCUGGCCGUGGCCUGGGUGCCCAAGUACUCGGGCGUCUCCCCACGGGACAAGUGCAAGCUCAUCUGCCGAGCCAACGGCACCGGUUACUUCUACGUGCUGGCACCGAAGGUGGUGGACGGCACACUGUGUACCCCUGACUCCACCUCGGUCUGCGUCCAAGGCAAGUGCAUCAAGGCUGGCUGCGACGGGAACCUGGGGUCCAAGAAGAAGUUCGACAAAUGUGGGGUGUGCGGGGGAGACAAUAAGAGCUGUAAGAAGGUGUCAGGACUCUUCACCAAGCCCAUGCACGGCUACAAUUUCGUGGUCGCCAUCCCGGCGGGCGCCUCCAGCAUCGACAUCCGCCAGCGCGGCUACAAAGGGCUGAUCGGAGACGACAACUACCUGGCCCUGAAGAACAGCCAAGGCAAGUACCUGCUCAACGGCCACUUCGUGGUGUCGGCCGUGGAGCGGGACCUGGUGGUGAAGGGCAGCCUGCUGCGCUACAGCGGCACGGGGACCGCAGUGGAGAGCCUGCAGGCCUCGCGGCCCAUCCUGGAGCCCCUGACCGUGGAGGUGCUCUCCGUGGGGAAGAUGACGCCGCCCCGGGUCCGCUACUCCUUCUACCUGCCCAAGGAGCCCCGGGAGGACCGGGCCUCGCCGCCCACGGACCCCCGGGUCCCCUCCGUGCUCCACAACAGCGUCCUCAGCCUCUCCAAUCAGGUGGAGCAGCCGGACGCCCGGGCCCCCGCGCGCUGGGUGGCGGGCAGCUGGGGGCCGUGCUCGGCCAGCUGCGGGGGCGGCCUGCAGCGGCGGCCCGUGGACUGUCGCGGGCCCCCCGGGCAGCGCGGGGCAUCCGCCUGCGACGCCGCCCACCGGCCGGCGGACACGCGCGCCUGUGGGGAGCCCUGCCCAGCUUGGGAGCUGGGCGCCUGGUCCCCCUGCUCCAAGAGCUGCGGCCGGGGCUUCAAGAGGCGUCCGCUCAAGUGCGUGGGGCACGGAGGGCGGCUGCUGGCCCGGGACCGGUGCAACCUGCGCCGGAAGCCCCAGGAGCUGGACUUCUGCGUCCUGAGGCCGUGCUGAGCGGAGCGCUCCGCCUCCUCACUCUCCAGCCCCUCGCGCUGCUGCCGCCGGGGCGGCCACGGGCAGAGGGCAGUGGCCGGGGCCCAAGCCACGAGGUCACCCACAUCCAGGGACAAGGACCUGGGCGGGGAAGCUAAGUCACUAAGGCACAGUCUACCUCACGCCCGGCUCCUCCGGGGCCAGCCUCGGGGUGAGGCUGAGAGGUGCUUGGAGCUGGGCAGGAGGCACCGGGCCCAGUCUCCCAGGGACCUGGAGGAUGGGCGCCUCCCAGCAGGACUUCAGGGACCUUGGCCCCCGUCAGGGAGGCCGCAGGCUGCUGGAAGAGCCAAGGCCCGGCAGCUUGGCAACUUCAGGGGGCCCCAGGGCUCUGAGCCGUCUCUGAACAAGGCAGGAUUUUAUGGUGCUUUCAGCCACUUUCUUUUCUGACCGAUGUGGACUGAACAGUGAAAACUGGCUGGGAGUGGGCAGAGCUGAGGGGCAGGGGGCAGGUAUACCUGGAGCCUGGGCCGCUCCAUUUGGGAUGAGGUGUGUGGGGGACAGUCCCAAGUUCCUCAUCUUCCUCCCACUCUCGGCCAUCCCUUAAAGGGUCACCUCCUCUCCCCGUGUCGUCCAGUCUUCAGACCAGUGGGAGGGCUUCCGCAUAGGUGUCCUCUGAGGCUUUGCAGGUGGAGGUAGGUGGUCAGUGAGGAGACUGUUGUCUUCUUCAAGAGGGAUCCGACCAUCAGAAAAAAAGAUGCUGGGGUGAUGGGUUCUGUGCCCGAAGCAGGGAGUUUGAGGAGAGAUCUAGAGGGUUCUGCUGUCCCUGGGGCUGGGUCUGAGCUUUGCAGGAAUGUCUCCCUAGGAUGGGGAGGAGGGAGCCCCAGUUCUGAUGGCUUCUUCCUCCAGGGAGCCAGAUAUAAAUAAGGCUGUUACCUUA